AUGGAACAAAUGGUGUUUGGUCUUUCCUGCAUUGGACUUGGCAGACUGGAUUCAGAAAGCGCUGAGGCGUAGACCACAUUUGCUACUGGAGUAAGGCAGCUGCAGUGGAAAAAAAUAUGUUCUGCUAGUCCCAGGGUAAGUUUGAUUCUGAAUACUGGUUUGCUUUUUGAAAAGCAACUGAUGAUGCAAAGGACAAUGCACAGUGUAUAUCCUGAUGACACUUUGUGUCCUGUGACGUGGUGUUUACCAUGGCAUCGGAAACUGAAAAGGCCCAUGCUCUUCUCCAAACUUGCAGUACAGCUUCAGUUAUUUCUAGUCUAGGUUUGGGAAUAUUCUGCUUUGUAGCAGACAGACUUCUGCAGUUUUCCUUCAUUCAGCAAAAUGACUGGCUUCGAGCCUUCUCUGAUAAUGCAGUGCAUGGUAUACUAGGAAUGUGGUCCUGGGCAAUAGUGAUUGGACUCAGGAAGAAAAGUGACUUCACUGAGGUCACUCUGGCUGGCUUUCUCGCCUCUGUCAUUGAUGUGGACCACUUCUUUGUUGCUGGCUCCCUGUCAUUAAAGGCUGCUCUGACUCUUCCGCAGAGACCAGUUCUUCAUUGUUCGACUGUGAUUCCUGUUGUGGCUCUGACGUUGAAGUUUAUUAUGCACCUUUUCAGACUUAAGGACUCAUGGUGCUUUCUUCCCUGGAUGUUGUUCAUAUCCUGGACUUCUCAUCACAUCCGUGAUGGGAUUCGUCAUGGCCUCUGGAUCUGCCCUUUUGGAAAAACUCCUCCUUUGCCCUAUUGGCUGUAUGUGGCAAUUACAGCAUCUUUACCUCAUCUAUGUUCAUUUAUUAUGUACUUAACAGGCACUAGAGAAUUAAUGUCUAUAAAACAUGGAAUCCGCAUUGAUGUAUAAGAAUGAUGGCUCGUAAAGGUUGUUUAUAUUAGGACUUGAAAUAAGCUGUCUGUUCAUCACUGAAGUGGUUUCCUAAUGUUUCCUGCAACUUUGGAGUUAGGCGUUUUGAGCCUGUGGAGCCAGUUACAGCUCCCAUGUCAAUUCCUUGUUGUCACAGACACCUAUUUAACAAAUGUAAUAAUUUUAUAUCUAUACUUCCCCUUGCAAAUAUGUCGUCUUCCAUUAGAGUUCAUGCAUAGCUAGCUGAUCUAUGAAGUACUUAGUCUCUCUGUUGUAAUUACUUUACAUUUUACUGUCAUGUUGCCAUUCAUCUUAUCACCAUUCACUCUGGAUUUGUAUUCUGCCUGUAGAUAAUACAUCUCAUCUAGAUAGCAUUUGUAUAGCACUUUA